AUGGAAUCGAGUUCUUGUCAGAUCCAGUCGACAGAUGCGCCUCUGGCCCAUGUUGCAAGCCAAGCUUUAGUAUGCACGCCUGCUGAAUCCAGCAUUGGCGAUGCCGGGGGUGCCGCACUGGACUUACAAAUGGAGUUGAACAACACUUGCGAGGGGAUUGCUCUGUCCGCACCGGCGUCCGAGCAAUCUACAGGCGGAGACAACCCUCAAGCCCCUGGUUGGACUAAAAUAAUCCGUAUGGGGCGUGCACCUGAUGAACGACCCCCAUGUGCUGCCAGGAUGAGUGCGUUGGAAAUGGCAUUGCCAAGUUAUGCAGAAAAGAAAACUGAAACUGUCAUAGUUCCUGCUCUGGGAAGCAACUUCGAUACACUGGGGGAAGCCUAUGGUUACUACAAUCUAUAUUCAUGGGAGAUCGGCUUUGGAGUAAGAUAUGGCAAACGCCGGCUAAAUGUCGAAAAAGAACAAAAUGCAUGCAGGAGAUAG